CGGUCAUUUUUCUCUGUCACCCUAAUUACGUCUUAGUGAGAGUAAAAGAGAAAAAUCCCCGCAAUUUGCGAAUUUUGGUUUUCGCGGUAGGCCCCCAGGAUCGUACUGUAUUGAUGGUUCAGCACGUCCGUAUGAAAGUCCACGUAAAGCGCCAAUUACAUCCACACUUCCCGAUAGUCGGCACAUCAUCAACAAUAUUUGAAAUGUAAAAAAAUACUUUGUCUCUAAUUGCCAAAUGUUUGAUAUUUUUGCAUGUGAAGGUGUGAUCUGAUCAAGUGUGGAUGAAACCAAUUACAUGCCAAAGCUUUAGUCCAGUACGCGCUAUUCCUAGAACCACCCUAAGGUCACGUCCGGUGCGCCCGUCUGUUGUAGCUUUAACACUUACAAAUCUGUACCUAUCCUUACCAUGGUUUGUGAAAAUUUGACAGGCAUUAGAUAAAACUCAAUGGGCUUUAAAACUCCAACGGACUUUUAUGAAUUAAACUUUUCGUCUUGUGUUAUUUUGUUUUUCUUUGUCUGACUUUCAUUUAUCAAGAAAAUUUGCAAAAAAAAAAUGUCACAACAGCAGACGAAGAACAGCAUAACACUUCGGGGUUCGGCGCAAAUUAUUUGCGAGUAUUUAAAGUAUGCUAUCAACUCUGUUCUAUUUCAAAGAGGACUGUAUCCUCCGGAAACGUUUAAAGCGGAACAGCAGUAUGGAAUCACUCUACUCAUGUCAGAGGAUGCACAAAUUAAGAGUUUUCUAACCAAUCUUCUUACUCAAAGUGAAGAGUGGAUAAUCAAGAAAAAGGUCAGCAAACUAUCUCUUGUAAUCCUAAAUGUAGCGAAUAAAGAGGUACUUGAAUGCUGGGACUUCAAUGUGCAGUAUGAAGAUGGGGAUGCAGCUCUAUCUAAGGAAAAAAAUGAAACUGUAAGCAGCAAAGACCUAAAAAAGAUACAGCAAGAAAUUAGAGAUGUAAUGUUGCAAGUAGCAGCCACUAUUUCAUACUUACCAUUCUUAGACUGUAGAUGUUCAUUUGAUGUCCUAGUGCAUGCCAAGACAGAUUGUGAUGUUCCUGAGAAGUGGGCGGAGGCAGAGCCUGUGGCAAUUCAGAAUGCACAGAAUGUUCAGUUCAAAGCAUUUUCAACUGGACUCAAUAAAGUAGAAACUGUAGUUAGCUAUAAGUUAGUGGAUUAGUGUAGUUCUUAGUUGGCAGCUGUCUUAUUGUGUUGUCUAAAAUGUUUGAAUAGGUUCACCAGAGAUUAACAUUGAUUAAUAUUUUUGGAUAUAAUGACUUUUUGAAGUUUAUGUGCAGUCAGCAAAACAAUCGUUUUGAAUUAUUUUGCUGACUGUACAUAUUUUUUUUGUAGUUUUUUAGUAUGUCAUUCUUAAGACCAAUACUUUUAGAAUCCUUUAUUUAUUAGUACAGAUUUUAAUUUUUGAUUCACCUAAGUACUUCGUAGUUAGUACCUAUACAUAUAUUUUAUUAUUGAAUCUGCAUAAAGUACAUCAAUAUGUAUUAAUUAUUUUACCACACAUAAUGCUUAUAGACUCUUAAUGAGGGGGACAGUUAACUGAGCAUUACAAUCAUAAUAACAAAAUCUAGUAAAUGACAUUAGUCUCAUCAUUAUCUCUCUCUUAGUCUCAUAUUGCCAUUUGUUACAUUCAUAAUAAAUUCUUUUCCGUUUUGCCAUAUUUGAGAAAAAACGGCAUACAGCAAUAUACCAGAGUAAAUAUGAAUUUUACUUGACAGUGUGCACUAACUUUCUGGGCUUUAUAUACCUUUAUAGCAAACUUACUUAAACUUUACAGUGUUUGCUGUGAAAGGAUCAAUAUGCCAUCUUACAAUUAUAAAUAACAAUCUAAAGCAACUGGUGAAAAUAUAUUUAAUUCAUUUGUAUUUUGAGCAGAUUUUAACAACAUUCUGUGAUAUAAUGAGUUCAGUUGCCUGUUAGUCUUACGUGUUUUGAUGAAUGACGGCAUUUUAUUUAGUUUUUAUUAUUCAUUAUUUUAGGGUACCAUACCCAAAGGGUCAAACGGGACCCUAUUACUGAGACUCUGCUGUCCGUCCGUCCGUCCGUCUGUCACCAGGCUGUAUCUCAUGAACCGUGAUAGUAAGCCAGUUGAAAUUUCUACAGAUUAUGUAUUCACUAUAACAACAAAUACUAAAAGCAGAAUAAAAUCAAUAUUUAAGGGGGCUCCAAUACAAAAAAGUGAUUUUCAGAUAAUGGUACGGAACCCUUCGUGCGCGAGUCCGACUCGCACUUGGCCGGUUUAUUUUUAUUUUUAAUGCGUCAUAAUCCUUAUGAUUAUUUAAAAAUAAAUUUUAAACUUAACCCAGGUGGAUUUUUAAUCAUUGUGAAAACGAUUAAAAGAAUUUAAAUGUACCUAAAAAUAAACAUUUGUAUAUUACUUGCAUUAGUUUGUCCAAUUUAGCUUUGUAAAUGAUUAGUAGUUUUAAGAUUACAUUUUUUUAAUUUAGACAGUUGUUGAAUUUUAUUAUGGCAAGAUGGAUUUGGCAGGGAUCAUGAAAUAAAAUGCUGUCUGCAA